GGCCGGUCGCACUGCCCUCGCUGGGCUGCGAGAGCUGUGGCACCGCCGAGCUGCUCGCCGGCUCUUGCACUCGCUGAAGACAUGGCAUUUUUCAGGAUCUCAGACAGGCUUCCAGGAGCAUCUUUUUAAGACAGUCCAUAACAGAAUAUAAUGUUUCCAUCAGGCUCUUGCCUUGGCAACAACCUGCAGCCGUAAAGCGUGUUUAAUUCUCUGAGAGGAAGACUGAUGACAGCUAUCGUUUAACUGUGUACUAUAAUAUAUGAGAUUCUACCCUGAGAACCUUGGAGGUGGCAUUUGUCUGGUCUGGUUGUAAAUAAUGAGAUAGAUCACAAUGGAUUUCAGUUCCUCAUCCGUGUUUGACCAGCACAAAGGUGAUGCAGCAGAGGAGAUGGACCUGGCUGUGGUUUACCAAGCAGCAGCAAACGGCGAUGUGAACACCCUGACUGCAGUGAUCCGAGAGGAUCCUUCCAUCCUGGAGUCUUGUGACAGAGAGGGUUGCACACCUUUGAUGCAUGCUGUGUCAGGACGCCAGGUUGACACAGUGAAGCUUCUGUUGAAGAUGGGAGCUAAUAUUAAUACUCAAGAUGCUUGUGGACGUACCAGUUUAUCUCUGGCAACUUAUUUGGGCUGGCUGGAAGGCUGUGUCAGCCUGCUCAGGAAUGGUGCUAAGCAGAACAUACCUGACAAGAACGGGAGGUUGCCACUACACGCUGCCACCGCAGAGCCUGACGUGAGGCUUCUGAGCUUGCUCCUGCAGCAGUCAAAUCUUAGUGAAAUUAAUCACCAGGACAAUGAGGGAAUGACUUCACUCCACUGGGCUGCAUUCCACAACAGACCCCAGCACACCCAGACUCUGCUGCACAAGGGAGCAGACCCAACUCUGGUGGACAAGGACUUCAAAACAGCUCUGCACUGGGCAGUACAGAGUGGCAACAGGAUUCUGUGUUCCAUCAUUCUGGACCACUGGCAGGGACCAUCAAUAAUAAAUUGUGAUGAUGAGAAUGGUAAAACAUGCAUGCACAUUGCUGCUGCUGCAGGCUACAGCGAUAUCAUCAGUGAGCUGGCUAAAGUCCCAAAGUGCAACCUGCAGGCCCUUGAUGUGGAUGACAGGACUCCUUUGCACUGGGCUGCAGCAGCAGGGAAAGCUGACUGUGUGCAGACAUUGCUAGAACUGGGGAUAGACAGCAGCCCUCGAGACAUCAAUGAAAACACUCCUCUGACAUAUGCAAUAUACUGUGGGCACACGGCGUGCAUCAAGCUGCUGACUCAGGAGAGCAGUAGAUCUGAGUCAGUUCAUCAGUUGCACUCCCAGAACAACAGACUUAUAAAGAAAGAAGGACGAUUCAGCAUGCUGAACCAGAUCUUCUCUUGCAAAAAGAAGAAAGAUGAUCAGAAAACCAGUCAGAAGGAGAGAAGCAGGGAUCAGUAUCCUGGAGAAGAGACCUCAGAAGUAGAUGAUAUCAUCACCCGUUUUGAUGGCAUUGUGAAUAAAAAUUGCAAAGACAUUCCAGAUGCGUGUAAGACCACCCCUGACUUUGAAAGAAAGAGCACAGACACUAAGUACUUCAUAGCAGAAAAGAAGAAAUCACUAUGUCAAGGACUCCCACCCAUCACCACCCAGAGCUUCCCUCCAAUCACUGCAGGCAAUUCCUUCCUAACUGCUUCCCAGAGCAAAAUGUCAAGCUUCUCCUCCAGCUCCAGAACCCACCAUUUUCCAUUCAAAUCUCAAAAGAGUAGUGGUGAGCACAACUUGCUGGACAGCACAGACAGCUGCCAGGCUUUGCUGGAUGGUCCCUGGAACACAGAUUCUAACCAAAGGCUCUCUUACAACGUCUGUACUAGGACUUCUUCAGACAAACUGAUGAAUGGCUUAGACUCUGAUAGGUCUCACCAUGUGCUUUUGUGCCCUCCCUGCCUUCCCUCACUUCCCAGUUCUCCAUCAGGUAGAAGUUUUCAACAGAUGUCCAUAGACCAACACAAAAUGAAAAAUGUUAUACCUGUACAGAACAGCCUAGCUCCAAUACCCAACCACAGUGCUCACAAAAUUCAGCUGCCAUCUCAGGAUGCUAAGAAGUUUAAGUCCGUACGGACUGGUGCAGUUAUUUUCCCACCAGCUCCAAUCUCCAGAUCUCCGAAAACAGGACAUUCUCAGAGUCAGAUCCUCUAUUCUCUCCUGCCUGGUCUAUCAGGAGAACAUCUAAAACCAAGCUGUGUCCUACCUGCUAUCCCAAACCAGAAGAAAUCUAAUCCUGAAGAGGAGCUUGAGAAAUCAGUUGCCAAAUCAGAUGCUGGAAAUUAAUUAAUUACAGUGGCCUAAAUUAGUUGAAAUAUGUCCAAGUGGCUGCUUAAAAGAUAACUUCACAGCUACUGUUUAAAAGAUAACUUUACAGUUAAAUCUCAUUAAUUUGCACUAAUGAUGGAGCAUAACAAAAACCGAGGUAAGGUAGCACAUAACAAAAGCUGCACUGUGUGUAUAUCUAUAUAUAUGCAUUUGCAUUAAAAAUUUCAUUUAUGAUGAAAUUACUUAAUCAACAUCUAAUGUGUAGUACAUUUAUUUUGUGAAUGGAGCCCACCCUCAUAACAUGAUUUUGUUGCAGCAAUGUGCUGUUAAGCCUUUCACAGAAAAAAGGAACAAAGAAUAAGGUUUUCUGCAUGAUUUAAAAGUUGAAACUAGGGAAACAAAUUGACAGGGCUUCUCUGUAAUUCGUAAAUGCAAAGGUGCUGAUUCUGAUGCUGUGUGCCAUAAAAAGAAUCUUUUUAAGACUGAGAAAAUAAACUCAAAAUAAAAGGCAGC